AGAGCAGAGCUGAGUGAGGAGGUCAGGUCAGUUCAGGUCAGUUCAGUGAGGUGAGGUGAGGGGAGGUGAAGAUGAUGAUCAUGUCGGAGUUUCUGUUCGGCGGGUUCGGAUCGGUUCUGACUGUUCUGGGAGGAAUAACUGCACUUUAUUACCUGCUGAACUGGUCGUGGAGGUGCUGGCAGGGAUUCAGGGUUUACCUGCUGUCCAAAAUCUGGCAGACGGACCUGAGGCAGUACGGACAGUGGGCAGUGGUCACUGGAGCGACGGCGGGAAUCGGCCGAGCCUACGCCGUAGAGCUGGCCAGGCGAGGUUUGGACAUUGUCCUGAUAAGUCGAUCACAGGAGAAACUUCACACCGUUGCCAGCGAGAUAGAGUCACAGUACGGCAGGCAGACCCGUAUCAUUCAGGCGGACUUCACCAAGGGCCACUCCAUCUACCCAGCUAUCGGAGAGCAGCUCAAAGCCCUGGACAUCGGCAUUCUGGUGAAUAACGUCGGUAUAAACUAUGCUGGCAUGCUGGUGAAUUUUCUAGACGUUCCAGACCCGGAGAAGAGAAUCACCGACGUGAUCAACUGUAACAUCCUGUCUGUCACUCAGAUGAGCAGACUGAUUUUACCACACAUGGUCAAGAGGGGUAAAGGACUCAUCAUCAACAUGUCAUCAGAAGCAGGUUCUCAGCCUCAGCCGAUGCUCACGCUGUACUCGGCUACAAAGAUAUUUGUGACGUAUUUUUCUCGGUGUCUCGAUGCAGAAUACAGCUCCCAAGGAAUCACAGUUCAGUGUUUGGUUCCGUUCAUGGUCUCCACUAACAUGACCCACAACAUCGAGGUGAAUCCUCUGGUAAAAAGUGCAGCAUCUUAUGCACGAGACGCUCUGAACACUGUGGGGUACAGCUCCUUCACCAGCGGCUGUGUUACACACGCCCUACAGCACAUCGCUCUGUCCAUCUUCUUCCCGUCCUGGCUGCGUCUGUCCCCGCUCAUCGUUCGCCACACCGAGAAAUACGCACAGAACACGAGGCAGCAGCUGGAGGACAGAAUGGCCGAGUGCUGCAGGAAACAGGAAUGAUUUAGGACCACGUGCACCAAAUCCAGACCGAUGACCUCCAACCGAUACGAUAAUGUUGGCAUAUCGAGACGCGCCAGGCAGAAAUCAUGUGACCUUCCAUGAACGAACUGAACGAGAAACCUGGCGUGACCAAAAGAUCUCAACGAAUCCUGCAAAAGAUCCAGUCCCGUCCAAUCAAAGCCUGGUGUGAAGGGUUCCGACGAUAAUCCACAUUAAAACAAUGAAUUAAUCAAAUGAUAAUGUCCACAGCUCACACUGUAUGGCUGAAAGUACGUGGACACCUUGCCGUGUACAACGGCUUUCAGUCUGUAGGUUCACUCUUGAGGCCAUUAUGAUUAUCAUAAUUAUAAAAAUACUUGCUUGGCUCAGAUAAGAAGCUAUUUAUUUAUUUUUAUUAUUAUUAUUAUUAUUACAUUUUACAUGGACACAAAUAUCUACAGCAGAACUGCUAUUAUUUAUCAAGACCACAAACUUAAAUACAUCAAACACACAAAGAAUCCACGAUGUAAAAUGUUCUAUAGGAACACAAAUGUGAUGGUUUUAAACUCAGCACAUAUUUAUUCUAUGUAUAAGGAAAAUAGAAGCUCAGGGUGGCGCGGGGGUCAUUUACACACUCCUACUCUAUAGCAUAAAUAGAUGAAGUGAGUGUAGAAGAAAUAGGCACAUAUAUAGGACUCUUUAUUAUUUAUAUAAUUUAUUGUGUACAUUCUCUGUAUAAUGUAACUAUAUUUUCUAAAUGCAAUAUAAUGUGUAUUAUUUAAUCAAAGCACCACUUUUAUAUAUAUAUAUGUAUAACAUUAAAGCUGUAAUAACUCCCGAGUGCAAA